UUUUUUUAUUGUUACUUACCAAUUUUAUAGGGAAGUUUUGAAGACAUCUUUUUUCAAAAAUUCGAUUGAUCAAUGAAAAGAAGUUAUGAACAAUUGAUACGACAAUCAAUUUGUUAAAAGUACAAAAUAUCAACAAUAAAUCGGAAUAAAAUCAACUAAACUUGACUCUAUCCCAUACCAUCUCAUACUGCACGCACUAUCGAAUAAUUUCAGUCUUCCCCCUCUUUACUACCUUCAUGGAAUUCGUUACCAUGCAUUCAAGCCAAUCAUGUUAUAUCAGAUUAAUUUACAUAAAGUAAAAUGUUCGUGAAUAUUUACGAAAAAAAAUCGUCUACGAAUUAGUAUUUAUUCUUUGAGAAAUUCUAGCAUUCAACUGAUUUCGAUUGAGUAAUUAGAUAGAAUUAAUACGCUCUUAAACAACAUCAUAUUCAUAAAUUUUUAAUAAUAUUGAUUAUUAAAUUCAUACAUUUAAUUUAGUUUAAUUUUUUUUAUUUACAGGUUUUUUUUUAUUUCAUUUAUUUUUUAUUUAUUUUUGUUACCAUAUGAGAACCAAUUAUCAAUUUUAUUUCCUACUACUAACAGCGCUAUGGUCUGUUUCUGAAUAACAUCAUGUGACAUAAACAAGUGCGGUAUCUUCGUAUUUAAUGUAAAGACGUCAUAUAAUAAAAUGAGUUUUUCAAUGCAAUUUUAGAACGAUUUUUCUUUAUGGUGACAUUAUAAUGAUAUUAUAAUCUUAAACCAUGUUUUCAGUUAGAAUAUUAACAAUAGAUAGUUAUCAAACAAAUCCCAUUCCUGAAUUAGAUCCCACGUUUUCAGAAUUUCGAGGCAAUGAAAUUAAACAUGUACCUGUGAUUAGAAUAUUUGGUUCAACUUUAACAGGAGAAAAAACAUGUUUGCACAUACAUGGUGUAUUUCCAUAUAUAUAUGUACCAUGUACCAUCAAAGAAAAUAUAAAUAGUUUUAUGCAUCGAUUAAGUUCGUCAAUAGAUAAUGCCAUUAAUAUAUCAUCAGGAAAAACAACAUGUAAUACUCAACAUGUUUACAAAAUACAAUUAGUUCGUGGAAUUCCAUAUUAUGGAUAUCAUGAAACAGAAUAUCUUUUCUUUAAAAUUUAUUUUUAUAAUCCAUUUAUUAUAAAGAAAGUAGCAGAUUUAUUGCAAGAUGGUGUAAUUUGCAAUCUAAAGUUACAACCACAUGAAGCACAUAUUCCAUUUAUUUUACAAUUUAUGAUAGAUUAUAAUUUGUAUGGUAUGAAUCUUAUAAAUAUAAAAAAAAUUAAACAUCGCUGGUCUUCAUUUUUAACUACAAAAGAAGAAACAAACCAAAUGUAUAAUUCAGAAUCGUUUGAUUCACAAAAAUAUCUUCCAAUGUCUGUUAUUCGUCAAACAAUAUGUGCCUUAGAAGUAGAUACACAAGCAGAUAAUAUAUUAAAUCGAGAAAUAAUAGGUAAAGGUAUGGAAUUAAAUCCUGGUCUUGCUGAAAUUUGGAAAGAGGAAAAAAUAAGAAGACUUCAAGCUGGCUUGGAAAAUGUUAAGUCACAAUUAUUAUAUUCAAAAAAUCCAGAGAAACGAACUGUACUACCAACUGUUAAUGAUAAUUAUCAAGAGCAACAAAUCUUUCAGAAACUUCAAAACAUUCUACAGGAGAAUGAGACUGUAACUUUAUCAAACUUAACAGAAACUUCUUAUCCAUUGCAAGCACAGGAGGAUGACGAUAUAUUAAAUGCUUCAUGGGUUGUAAAUCAUAUUACUCCAUCUUCAUCACAAAAAAUAUAUGAAAAAGAACAAACAAAAUAUGAUAACUUUAAAGAAUUGCCUUCAUAUUUUUUAUUAGAAACUCUUUCAACCGAAAAUCAAGCUAGCAAAACAAGCUCUUUGAAUGAAGAUGAUAUGGACUUAGUGGAAAUAUUAGCUGAUUUAUCAGAAAAUGAUGAAGUUAAAAAAAUAAUAGAUGAUGAUAGUAUAUUAGGAUCUCAAUAUUCAGAACAGGAUAAUAAAGUCUUAUCUGACUAUGAAGAUGAUGAAAAUGAGCAGUUGAAUUUUACAAAUCUGGACCUGAGUAGGCUUAGUCAAAAUCUAUCAAAUACAUUAAUAGAAAAAUCAAAUAAAUCAAAUGAAGAAGAUAUCCAAACAGAUCAUGAUAAGAAUUUAAGUAUAUUAACUUGUCCUCAACUUGAUGGUGCUAAUGAUUUUUUAGAAAGUCCAAAAUCUAAAAAAAGAAAAAGGACAAAUACACAUUGCGAUAAUAUUAAUAAUGUACCAAAUAAAUCACAAUCUAAGAAAACAAAAAUGGAAUAUGUUGAACAAUCACAUGUUAACAAACAAAAUCCUGAGAUUGCAUCAUCUUCAGCACUUUCUGAUAAAAAUCAUUUAGUUUUUACUGCAGUAGAUCCCUUGCUCAGAUCUAAAAUCAUCUUGGAUGAACAAGAAAAACGUAUUUGUACUUAUAAUCGCUAUAAAUCAUCCACUAAACAAACUGUAGUUGAUAUUGUACAGGAAGAAGGAAUGAAUGAUCUUAAAACCCAUAACAGUAAUAAACUUAUUAAAUCUAAGAAUAUGAGUAAUGAAGAUUUAAAAAAACAAAUGUAUGAGGCAAAGAAUAGUAAGCAAGGACUAUCAAAAAAAAAUUCAAAUUCGUCACGAAAUUACUCACCAUUAAAUUUAAUUAUUAGUUCUCCAAAAACAUCAAAAUUCAACAAUAAAAAUGCAAUAAGUUCCAAGAUUAUAGAGGAGAAUUGUAACAUAAGUCCCAAGAAAUUGGUAUUCUCUGAAUCGGAUGAUCUAAAAUGUAAUCUAACUGAACCUAGUGUAUCUCAAUAUAAUCCAGAUAUUAAAAGUCUGUCUAGAGAAUAUCAACAAAAGGCAUCAGAUAUCAGAUAUGAAAAUGACAAAACUGAUGUUCUCACUGAUUUAUCAUUUCAAAUUAAUGAAUUAAAUGUUCCUGAAAGCGAUCUAGAAAAAAAUAUACAUAACACAACAUUUACACAAUAUAUUGAAGAAAAAAUAAGAAAUGAAAGUCAAACUUCGCAGUCCAAUUAUACUGUUGUCAGUCAAACAAAAAAAGUUUCACUUACAAUUACAACAAAGUUUAACCCACCUACACGAGAACGUGUAUUACAAAGUUUGGCUAUAUACGGUAUUUCCAAAAGCACUCAAGCAGAACCAUUUUUUAGUAAUAAGUUUGAUUUAAUUAAGCAGAAAGAAAUUUCAUCUAAUACUUUCAAUAUACCAGUAAUUGCUUCGUUUAAUUCCUGUUUGAAGGGAAUUACAGGAAUUAAAUUAUGGCGACGAAUGAAAGUAAACGAAUUUUAUCCUUCUGGAUCAAACAUAAAGUCAAAUCAUAUAAAAAGAGUCCUUGCAGGUUAUAAUUUAUUAACGAUACGAACUCUUUUGGAACCUCCACAAGCAAAAUCUGUUCAAGCAUGGUUGAAAUUAAAGCAGUGUCUGUCUAUAAAAAAUCAACAAAUUGACGUCAAUAAUACUUCUACAAGUGGACAAUCUCCUUCUAGUAAUUCAAAUUCAUUAAAAAAGAACACACCAAAAAACACAUCUAAUGAUAUACUAUCACAUAAAUACAAUAAAGUAUCACAAUAUCUAGGAAUUUCUCAUGGACAGAUAGAAUAUUCUUUAAAUGAAAAAAUCGGCAGUGCCUCACAUGAAAAUCUUCAGCAUUCUAGAACUGUAACUAUGCACCAAUAUAUAACAAUACUUUCUUUGGAAGUACAUAUUCUUACACGUGAAGAUUUCAUACCUGAUCCACAACAUGAUCCUAUAGAAGCUAUUUUUUAUGCUAUUCAAAAUGAUGUUCCAAUUUCUUCUGAUGUAAAGCAAAUGGAAUAUGGUACGAUUUUAAGUUUAUUUACAUUUAUAGUUAAUCAUUUUUUAUUAAAGUUAAAUAUCAUUAUAGGAGCAAUUGUUGUACGUUUAUCCAGCGAACAGUCAGCAAAUUUCAUUAAUUCUCACAUUCCUUUUAUUCCAACUUUGAUACAAUAUGUAGAAAGUGAGGAAGAUUUAUUAAAUAAUUUAGUUACAUUAAUCCGUCGUUGUGAUCCUGAUAUAUUAAUUGGUUGGGAAGUCGAAGUUUCAUCUUGGGGUUAUAUCUUUCAAAGAGCUUCAAAUAUGGGGUUUAAACUGUUUCCUUUAUACAUUUCAAGAACUCCAAAUAUUUCAUCUUCUUACGGAUCCCAAAUGUUCUUUAAGGAAGAUUCAGAAAUACGGAUACCAGGCCGCGUAUUUUUGAAUGUCUGGAGGAUAAUGAGACAUGAAAUAGCAUUAUCAAGUUAUACAUUUGAAAGCAUUAUGUACAAUGUGAUGAAAGAAAGAGUUUCAUGUCAAAACUAUAAAACAUUAACUAAAUGGUGGAAACAUUCAAAUAUUGCGAUAAAAAGUAGAGUAAUCGAUCAUUAUGUUAUAAGAGUUUCAGGAAAUUUAAGAAUUCUUUCUCAAUUAGAUAUUAUUGGUAAAAUAAAUUUGUAUGUUUUUUUUAUUGGUAAUUUACUAAAUGCCAUAAAUUCUUUAAUAUUUAUAAUGUCUGCAGGUAGAACGAGUGAAUAUGCACGACUUUUCGGAAUACAAUUUUAUGAAGUAUUCUCACGAGGUUCUCAGUUUCGCGUCGAAUCAAUGAUGUUAAGACUUGCAAAACCCUUAAAUUUUAUUGCUGUAUCACCUUCUGUGCAACAAAGAGCUAAAAUGCGUGCCCCAGCAGCAUUACCUUUGAUUAUGGAACCAGAGUCUAAAUUUUAUACAGAUCCAAUGAUAGUUCUUGACUUUCAAAGUUUAUAUCCAAGCAUUAUAAUUGCUUAUAAUUACUGCUUUUCUACAUGUUUAGGUCGCAUUGAACACUUAGGCCAAUCUGUACCAUUUGUAUUUGGCGCAACAACUUUAAAAAUUAAAAGAAAUACUCUUUUAAAGUUACAAGGAAAAAUCCAUUGUGCGCCUAACGGUGUAGCUUUUGUAAAAUCUGAAGUACGCAAAGGUAUAUUACCAAGAAUGCUUGAAGAAAUACUAAAUACUCGUAUAAUGGUAAAGAAUUCGAUAAAACUUCAUUCAUCCGAUAAUAAUAAUCUUCAGCGUAUUCUUCAUUCGCAACAAUUAGGUCUAAAGUUGAUAGCAAAUGUUACAUAUGGUUAUACGUCUGCUAACUUUAGUGGCAGAAUGCCAUGCAUUGAGAUAGGUGAUAGUGUAGUUAGCAAAGGAAGAGAAACUCUUGAGCGAGCUAUAAAAAUUGUGGAGUCUACACCUAGAUGGGGUGCUAGAGUAGUUUAUGGAGAUACAGAUUCUUUAUUUAUCCUAUUACCUGGAAAAUCACGAACAGAAGCUUUCAAAAUCGGUGCUGAUAUUGCGGAUACUGUUACAGCUGCUAAUCCACCUCCUAUAAAAUUAAAAUUCGAAAAAGUCCUUCAGCCAUCUAUUUUGCAGACAAAAAAGCGUUAUUGCGGAUAUAUGUAUGAAACUUCUGAUCAAAAAAAUCCUGAAUAUUUUGCAAAAGGUAUUGAGACUGUACGUAGAGAUGGAUGUUUUGCCGUUUCAAAGAUUCUUGAAAGAUCAUUGAAAAUAUUAUUUGAUACUUCAGAUAUUUCUUUAAUAAAAAUGUACAUUCUCCGACAAUUUAAUAAAAUUUUAUGCAGACGAGUCUCGAUUGAGGAUUUAACAUUUGCUAAAGAAUUUCGUGGUUUAAAUGGUUACAAACAAAAUGCUGUUGUCCCAGCAUUAGAAUUAACACGCAGAUUAAUGCGCAAGGAUCCUCGUGCAAUACCCCGUACUGGUGAACGUGUGCGCUAUGUUAUUGUUGCUGGUGCACCGAAUCAAGCAUUAAUCCAUUGCGUUCGUACACCAUGGGAAGUAAUGUGCGAUCCUGGUUUAUAUCCAAAUUCUAUUUAUUAUAUAACAAAAGUUAUUAUACCACCUCUAAAUCGGUGUUUUAAUUUAUUUGGUAUCGAUGUUAACAACUGGUAUCAAGAGAUAUCUCAUCGACAAUCAUUCGAUAAAUUAGAUUACUUAAAUACGAAAAAUCAAAAAUCUACGAUUUGUCAAUUUUUUAAUACUACUAUAUGUAAUGUUUGUGGAGAACAGUCUACUAAUGAAAUUUGUUCAGAAUGUAUGACACAACCUGACAAAACAAUCCUCGUAUUUUACGAAAAGAUAAGAUGGUUGGAACGUACAUAUCAGCAAUUUAAUGAAGUAUGUUACUCGUGCGUAGGGCGACGAGAUGAUCCUGAUUGUGCUUCUUUAGAUUGUCCAAUAUUAUAUCGCAUAUAUGAAGCUCGUAAAAAACUUGCACAAGUAUCUUACUUAAAUAAUCUGAUAAACAAUGGUAUUAAUAUUAUCAAUACACACGACAAUAACGCACCUACCUCAUAAUAGUGGUUGCACUCGUGAUGAUGAUAAUACUCGUCAAAUUGUGGGAUUAUUUGGACCUCUUGGAAAGUAAAUGAAAUGAAAAAAGCUGCUUUACUAUUUGAAUGUUUAUUCUCUUAAUUUUUUUUUAUCAUAAUACUGUAUAACAUACAAGAAAUGCACAUUAAUGAAACCUACAGAAGAGAAUCUGAAUAUACAUAACACUUUUCACUUGUUUUACUUUUCAUGCAUUUUUGUUUAGCUAUCAUAUAUUUUUUUUUACUAACUCAAAGAUGAUAAUUUUAUUAAAUACUUGUUAGAUAGCAUAAGAAUAAGUAUAAAUACAUUUUCAAUUUAUUUGCAAUGAAUGUCAUCAUUUUCGACUAUUUCUUUGUAAAUAAUUCAAGUAGUAUGUUCUGACUGCAUAUAGUGUAGAAGAGAAGAAUAUAUUACUAAACUUAGAUUGUAAUAAAAAUGAAAUAAAUAAACUGUUUUCUUUCCA